CGAGUCUUAAUCAGGAACAUACUCGGUUGAAUGAACUUACUCCCGGACGCGUUUCUGGAACCACACACCUCGAGUAAGCAAGGUUUGGGGUUAAUCAACCGAGAGCUCAGGGUUUAUCUGACGCCGGAAGUACCUGUGUGUCUCUACUGGGCUGACGGCAGCUGCGCUCUUCUUCAUUCGUCGCGGAACAGAAAUGCAGACAGACGUCCCGAUCAGAAGACAGACGAUCGAUCAUCAUCAUCAUCAUCACUGAUUACCCGACAGAGAUCAGUCAUGGCGAGCGAGCCGGUGAGUGUGGUCUUCAAGCUCUACUGCCUGACUGUCAUGACCCUGAUCGCCGCCGCAUACACCGUGGCUCUCCGCUUCACCAGAACCGUGUCCUCGGUCCUGUACUUCUCCACCACCGCCGUGUUCCUGACCGAACUCAUCAAGCUGCUGCUGAGCCUGGGGAUGCUGCUCAGGGAGAGUGGAGACUGGGGCCGCUUCAGGAGUGUGGUGGUCAGUAAUAUUCUCAGGAGUCCGAAGGAGCUGCUGAAGCUGAGUGUGCCGUCGGUGGUCUACGCCGUCCAGAACAACAUGGCCUUCGUGGCAUUAAGUAACCUGGAUGCCGCCGUCUACCAGGUGACGUAUCAGCUGAAGAUCCCCUGCACGGCGCUGUGUACGGUGCUGAUGCUCAGCCGCUCUCUGGGCCGCCUGCAGUGGUUCUCCGUCUUCAUGCUGUGUGGAGGAGUCACGCUGGUGCAGUGGACGCCGCCGCAGGCCACCAAAGUCCAGGUGGAGCAGAACCCGUUCCUGGGCUUCAUGGCGAUCGCGGUGGCGGUGCUCUGCUCCGGGUUUGCAGGUGUGUACUUCGAGAAGGUCCUGAAGAGUUCAGACACGUCUCUGUGGGUCCGAAACAUCCAGAUGUACCUGUCGGGAAUCGUGGUGACCCUCAUAGGGGUCUUUGUGACAGACGGGGCCCAGGUCCUGGAGAAGGGCUUCUUCUAUGGAUACACGCCGUGGGUCUGCUUAGUCAUCUUUCUGGCCAGCGUGGGAGGAAUGUACACGUCUGUGGUGGUCAAAUACACCGAUAACAUCAUGAAGGGCUUCUCUGCGGCCGCUGCCAUCGUCCUGUCCACCGUGGCGUCCGUCGUUCUCUUCGGCCUGCAGAUCACGGCGACAUUCCUCAGCGGAUCGCUGCUGGUGUGUGUGUCCAUCUAUCUGUACGGCCUGCCCAAACAAGACACCAGCAGAGUGCAGAAGCCCAGCACAGACGGAGAGGAUACACAGAAGCUCAUCGCAGUCUGAUGGACAGACACACAUCUGCUCUGCUGGACAGGAGGAGUGCGCUCUGACCGCUCUGUGUCAGACCGGAGCUUUGGUUUAUGUUGUUUUAUUUCUCUCUGUAUAGUUUCAUUUCUAGGUCUUGAUGCAGAUGCACUACAGACACUGAUGCCAAACCCUACACUGAAUGUACAUGUGCUCUUCAGACAGGUUUUUUUUUUUGUUUAGAUUGCCAACCUUAUUUGUUCAAGUGUUCUUAAAUAUUGACGUAAGAUGAACCUAAGGAUCCUUAUGGGUUUGGAUAGCUGUAAAUUCCAGAGCAGAUGUUGAAUCCCGUGUUUAGGUGUCUUCUCGUCAUCCAGGACGGUCUCUGAAUGUUCUUUCUUAAGGACUGCUGCGUUCGCACGCGGCCGUCUGAAUCCACAGACGUGAUUAAACACGAAGACAGACUACAGUGGGUGUGUUUACAUGCAUCUGUCCCAAUCAAUCCAGAUCCUCUUCAGAUGUAAAAAUACAUUAGUUUACGUGUGCUAUACAAAACUUUAUAUGAUGCGUUUAGAAAUGGAGAAAGAUGUCACUGGAGCUGCUGCCCUAUUAUGAAAAUGUUGAAAACUUAAGAAAAUAUUCAUAUUUACUUUUUUCAAGUAACUAGUAAAGUAAUGCAUUACUUUUAAAUUUAAAAUAAAAUAUCAGUUUCUUUUUCAAAUAAGUAACAUGUUAUUGUUUUUCCAUUUAAUCACCGACUCCUCUCCUGUUCCUGUGUGGAGAGAAAUCGGGAGUAAAGGCAGAGGCUUUUCCUUCAGUCCGAGGAUCAUUCAUUUCACUCUUGGUGCGAAAGAGCCUUUACAGUUGCCAAAAAUAUAACACUUGGAUUUUUUUAUUUAAAAAAAAUAAGCCCAGGUGACAAAAACUAACAUAACACAUUACUUUCCAAAAAAAUUAACUAAUGCAAUACACACAAUAUUACUUUUAAAAGUUACUUUCCCAACACUGUUUCCAUUGAUCAGUUAUAAGUGCGUAAACCUAUGCGUUAUUUUCCACAGCACUGCAGUUAUUUUGUAAUCCAGUUGAGAACAUAGGAUUCAGCGGUUUAUGAUGAAUUGAUUUACAUGAAGGCGCUGCUGUCUGAAUGAUCCAUCUAUUAAUGGAUGAUAGGGCAGCAUGCAAACGUAGCUUCUGUCUGGGUGUUUAUUUUGGAAAUGAGCCAUCCA